AUGGCUCUGAACACACUGCUGGCUACCUUCCUGUGCACCAUCGUGCUUCCCGUCCUGCUGUUUCUGGUUGCGGUGAAGCUGUGGGAGGUUUACAUGAUCCGAGGCAGAGACCCGAGCUGCUCCAGACCGCUGCCCCCGGGAUCCAUGGGUUUACCUUUCAUUGGAGAGACGCUGCAGCUCAUCCUGCAGAGGAGGAAGUUUCUGCGGAUGAAGCGGCAGAAGUACGGCUUCAUCUACCGCACACAUCUCUUUGGGAACCCCACGGUGCGCGUGACCGGAGCGGAUAAUGUAAAGCAGAUUCUGCUGGGAGAACACAAGCUCGUGUCCGUGCAGUGGCCCGCGUCUGUGCGUACCAUCCUGGGCUCGGACACGCUGUCAAACGUGCACGGAGCACAACACAAGACCAAGAAGAAGGCCAUCAUGCGUGCCUUCUCCAGGGAAGCUCUGGAGCUCUACAUCCCUGUCAUCCAGGAGGAGGUGCGGGCUGCUGUGAAGGAGUGGCUGGAGAGAGACUCCUGUGUGCUGAUCUACCCAGAGAUGAAGAGGCUGAUGUUCCGUAUUUCCAUGAGGAUCCUGCUGGGCUUCGAGCCAGAUCAGAUUAAGACAGAUGAGCACCAGCUGGUGGAAGCUUUUGAGGAAAUGAUCAAGAAUCUGUUCUCUUUGCCUAUCGAUGUGCCUUUCAGCGGACUAUACCGGGGCUUGAAGGCGAGGAACUUCAUCCACUCCAAGAUAGAGGAGAACAUCAAGAAGAAGGUUCAGGAGUCAGACAAGGAGUCCAAACACAGAGACGCUCUGCAGCAGCUCAUAGACAGCAGCAAGAAGAACGGGGAACCAUUCAGCAUGCAGGCCAUUAAGGAGUCUGCUACAGAGCUGUUGUUUGGGGGUCAUGAGACCACAGCCAGCACAGCCACCUCUCUGAUCAUGUUCCUGGGGCUGAACCCUGAAGUUGUGGGCAGACUGAGGCAGGAACUGAUGGAAAAGGGGAUGGACAUCCAGAGUCUGAACAUCGAGUCCUUGGAGCAGUUGAAAUACACGAGCUGCGUCAUUAAAGAAACACUAAGGAUCAACCCUCCUGUUCCCGGAGGCUUCAGAGUGGCCCUUAAGACAUUUGAGCUCAAUGGUUACCAAAUUCCCAAAGGCUGGAACGUCAUUUACAGCAUCUGUGACACCCAUGACGUGGCCGAUAUGUUCCCCAACAAAGAAGACUUCCAGCCAGAGCGCUUCAUGACCAAACCCACGAGCGACUCCUCCAGGUUCCAGUACAUCCCAUUUGGGGGAGGAUCCAGGAUGUGUGUGGGCAAGGAAUUUGCCAAGGUCCUGCUGAAGAUCUUCCUGGUAGAGGUGGUCACAAAGUGUCACUGGACUCUUUUAAAUGGGCCGCCCACCAUGAAAACAGGACCUACUCUGUACCCUGUGGACAAUCUGCCAACCAAGUUUACCAGCUAUGUACAAAAUUAA